CACACAUCUCUCAUCACUCUAGCUCACUUUUUUCAUCAUUCGUCCUUCAACCAAUCACUUUCUAAACUCAGUGGCAAAGAAUCUUUGAGUAAGGGAGUGUGUGUGUGAGAGAGAGAGAGAGAGAGUAGCAACCACCAAUGGAGAUUUCUGCCAUGGCUGCUUCAGCUUCUCCAAGACCUUCUCUUCCAACUCCUUCUCCACACACAGUAGUCACCACUUUUACCAAACCUCAACUCAGACGCACCCACAUAGCACUGCCAACCUCAUCCACCAUUUCGCUCCUCGCUCUCUUCGCCCCUCCCAACGAAGCCAAAGCCGCUGUCUCCAUCGCCAAGGACCAGAUUGUUUCGUCUCUCACCCAAGUUGAGAAAACGAUUGAUCAGGUUCAGGAAGUGGGUUCGAGUGUUUUUGACACGGCACAGCGUAUUGCUGAGGUAAUUGGGAACGCUCUGAAACCUGGCAUCGAAACGGCGUUGCCGAUUGUGCAGCAAGCUGGGGAAGAGGCCUUGAAAUAUGCUUCUCCUGCCAUUUCUGAAGCUUCCAAGAAGGCCCAAGAAGCGCUGCAAAACUCUGGUGUCGAUACCGAACCUGUUAUCACUGCUGCUAAGACAGUGGCAGAUGCUGCACAACAAACGACCAAGGUGAUUGAUGUUGCGAAGCCAAUAGCUUCUUCAACCGUUGAAACCUUAUCCUCUUCAGACCCAACAGUGAUUGCUGGAACUGCAGGAGCACUAUUUGUUGCCUACCUACUGAUUCCUCCUAUCUGGUCUGUCAUAUCCUCGAAUCUUCGUGGUUACAAAGGAGACCUAACUCCUGCUCAAGCCCUUGAUUUGAUAUCUGCACAGAACUACGUUUUGAUUGAUAUCAGGUCCGAGAAAGACAAGGACAAGACUGGUAUCCCUCGCCUUCCCUCUAGUGCUAAAAACAGGAUGGUUGCCAUUCCGUUGGAAGAACUGCCGAGUAAGGUCAGAGGGCAGGUGAAGAAUGUGAAGAAAUUGGAAGCUGAAAUAGUGGCUUUGAAGAUUACUUAUCUGAAGAAAAUCAACAAAGGCACCAACGUUGUGAUCCUGGACUCGUAUUCGGAUGUGGCAAAAACAGUGGGAAGAACACUGACCAGCCUUGGUUUCAAGAACACAUGGAUUGUUGCUGAUGGAUUCUCUGGGAACAAAGGGUGGUUGCAGAGUAGAUUAGGAACAGAUUCUUAUAACUUUUCGUUCGCAGAGGUGCUGUCACCGUCCAGAAUCAUCCCUGCUUCUGUAAGAGGUUUUGGCACAACCAGCCAAUCUAGCACUAAGCUUCUUCCCGGGGCUGACUAACUUUUUCUGCACUGAACUCUUGUGCAAAUAGAAAUCACUCUUCUGCAUGGUUCACUCAUCCUAUAUAUUUAUAUAAUGAUUUCAUCAAUUUUGUCAA